AUGUUUGCUCCACUUUAUCAACAUAACCUAAAAUCUAAGCUGAAGAGGAAGUUCCAGUGUGUCUUUGAGGGGAUCACUAAAGCAGGAAACCCAACCCUUCUGAAUCAGAUCUACACAGAGCUCUACAUCACAGAGGGAGGGACUGCAGGGGUCAAUGAUGAACAUGAGGUCAGACAGAUUGAAAAAAAGUCCAGAAAACCAGACAGACCAGAAGCAACAAUCAGACAAGAAGACAUCUUUCAAACCUCACCUGGAAGAGAGACACCAAUCAGAGCAAUGCUGACAACAGGGGUGGCUGGUAUUGGGAAAACAAUCUUAACUCAGAAGGUAACUGUGGAUUGGGCUGAAGAAAAAGCCAACCAGGACAUCCAGUUCAUGUUUCCAUUCACUUUCAGAGAGCUGAAUCUGCUAAAAGAGGGAAACUUCAGCUUGAUGGAACUUGUUCAUUAUUUCUUUACUGAAACCAAAGAAGCAAGAAUCUGUAGCUUUGAAGAUUUCAAGGUUGUCUUUAUUUUUGAUGGUCUGGAUGAGUGUCGACUUCCUCUGGACUUCUACAAUACUGAAAUCCUAACUGACCCUAGAAAGUCCACCUCAAUAGAUGUGCUGCUGACAAAUCUCAUCAGAGGUGAUCUUCUCCCCUCUGCUCGCCUCUGGAUAACCACACGACCUGCAGCAGCCAAUCAGAUCCCUGCUAAUUGCAUUGACAUGGUGACAGAGGUCAGGGGGUUCACUGACCCACAGAAGGAGGAGUACUUCAGAAAGAGAUCCACAGACGAGCGACUGGCCAGCAGGAUCAUCUCCCACAUCAAGACAUCACGAAGCCUCCACAUCAUGUGCCACAUUCCAGUCUUCUGCUGGAUCACUGCUACAGUUCUGGAGGAUGUGCUGAAAACCACAGAGGGAGAAGAGCUGCCCAAGACCCUGACUGAGAUGUACAUCCACUUCCUGGUGGUUCAGGCCAAAGUGAAGAAGGUCAAGUAUGAUGGAGGAGCUGAGACAGAUCCACACUGGAGUCCAGAGAGCAGGAAGAUGAUUGAGUCUCUGGGAAAACUGGCUUUUGAGCAGCUGCAGAAAGGAAACCUGAUCUUCUAUGAAUCAGACCUGACAGAGUGUGGCAUCGAUAUCAGAGCAGCCUCAGUGUACUCAGGAGUGUUCACACAGAUCUUUAAAGAGGAGAGAGGACUGUACCAGGACAAGGUGUUCUGCUUUGUUCAUCUGAGUGUUCAGGAGUUUUUGGCUGCUCUUCAUGUUCACCUGACAUUUGUGAAGUCUGGAGUCAAUCUGCUGGAAGAAAAUCAAAAAGACUCCCAGAAAUUUGAAACAAGAAAACCUGGAAAGAAACAUUUCUACCAGAGUGCCGUGAAGAAGGCCUUACAGAGCCAAAAUGGACAACUGGACUUGUUCCUCCGCUUCCUUCUGGGUCUUUCGCUUCAUAAUAAUCAAAGUCUUCUGCAAGGACUGUUGGCAUAUACACCAAAUAGCUCACAGACAAAUCAAAUUCUGUCACAAUGUUUGUUGACACUGACUGGAAGUAGCUCACAGACCAAUAGAAAAGCAGCUCAGUAUAUAAAAAUGAAGCUCAGUGGGAAUCUGUCUACAGAGCAAAGCAUCAAUUUGUUCCAUUGUCUGAAUGAACUGAAUGAUCGUUCUCUGGUGAAGAAGAUCCAACAAUCGUUGAGUUCACAACGUUUUUCCACAGAUAAACUGUCUCCUGCUCAGUGGUCAGCUCUGGUCUUCAUGUUACUGUCAUCAGAAGAAGCUCUUGAAGUGUUCGAUCUGAAGAGUUACUCUGCUUCAGAGGAGGUUCUUCUGAGAUUGUUGCCAGUGGUCAAAGCCUCCAACAAAGCUAUACUGAGCAACUGCAACCUUUCAGAGAGAAGCUGUGAAGCUCUGUCCUCAGUUCUUAGAUCCCAGUCCUCCAGUCUGAGAGAGCUGGACCUAAGUAACAACAACCUAAUGGAUUCAGGAGCGAAGAUGCUGUUUGCUGAACUGAAGAGUCAGCACUGUACACUGGAAACAUUAAGAUUAAGUCUGUGCAACCUCUCAGAGAGAAGCUGUGAGGCACUUUCCUCAAUUCUUGGACUACAUCCCACAUCUUUAAAAGAACUGGACCUGAGCAACAAUGACCUGAAGGACUCAGGAGUAAAGAUGCUUUCUGCUGGACUGAAGAGUCCACAAUGUACAUUGGAAAUUCUAAGGCUUUCAGGUUGUAUGAUCACAGAAGAAGGAAGUAAUGAUUUGGCUUCAGCUCUGAGCUCCAACCCCUUCCAUCUGAGAGAACUGGAUUUGAGCUACAAUCAUCCAGGAUACUCAGCAGUAAAGCUUCUGUCUUCUGGAGUGAAGGAUUCACACUGGAGACUUGACACUUUGAGGUAUAGAGAGAGCUGCCGCAACAAACUCAUGCUGCAAAACUUGCCAAAUCCUCAAAGAAGAUUUGGCAAGAUUUUAUCACAAUGGUUGAGACCAGGUCUGAGGAAGUAUGCCUGUGAACUUACAAUUGACAUGAACACAAUUAGCAGAGAACUUCAUCUGUCUGACAACAACAGGAAGGUGACACGUGGACGACCAUUUCAGUCAUAUCCUGAUCAUCCAGAAAGAUUUGAACGGCCUCAGUUUCUGUGUCGUGAUCCCCUGAGGGGUCGCUGCUACUGGGAGGUUGAGUGGAGAGGAUAUUCUGAUCUAUCUGUAAGUUACAGCAAAAUCAAAAGGAAAGGAAGAAAUAAUACUGGUGCAUUUGGAUGGAAUGAUCAUUCCUGGAGUUUGUGGUUCUCUGAAAGUAAUCCUUACUGUGUCUCUUACAAUAACAAAAAAACACAUAUCUCCUCCUCCUCCUCCGUCUCUAACAGAGUAGCAGUGUAUGUGGACUGUCCUGCUGGCACUCUGUCCUUCUACAGAGUCUCCUCUGACACUCUGAUCCACCUCCACACCUUCAACACCACAUUCACUGAACCUCUUUAUCCUGGAUUUACACUCUGGGAUAGAGCCUCAUUGUAG